CACCGAGCAACCUGCCUGAAGAACAAAGUCACCAUCUUAAUAAUAAUGAGUCAAUGGCAAACCACAUGUGAUGAUCAAUCAUAAAUCACAAAAUUAUAUAGAACAAAACAAAUCUUGCUGCUUCUUCUUCUUCUCCUUCUAACUUUCAAACCAGCGACAGAUCAAGCAAGAAGAAAUAAUGAGUGAUGAAGAGAAAGGACACAGCCGAGCAGUGAUCAUUGAUCACCAGCAUCACCAGUACCAUCACCAACAUCCCCAACAAUCACAACCACCGCCACCACCACCGCAGUAUGGUACUUUUCAAGGCGUAGCUAAUUAUCCUCCUCCUCAUCCACCACAACACCCAGUUAUCGGAUUCCCUCAACCUGUCCCUCCUCCUGGGGCCUCUGAGCCCCCUGCAUACCCUCACGGCUAUCAAACCGUCCCAGGUUAUGCUGUUGCCGAAGGAAGACCUGUUAGAGAACGUCGCCUUCCUUGCUGUGGUAUCGGUGUUGGCUGGUUCUUGUUUAUAAUCGGUUUCUUUCUUGGUGCUAUCCCAUGGUAUGUUGGGCUUUUUAUUCUACUUUGUGCAAGGAUAGAUCCUCGAGAGAAACCAGGAUACGUCGCUUGCACAAUCGCUGCUGUUCUUGCUACUAUUGCAAUUGUUCUUGGUGCAACAAAGGGAGCUGAUGAUUGGUAGUCUUUUUGGCCAGGACCUGUAUAGUUUGCAGAAUUAAUGUCCAUAUUUGCUUCAGUUGCUGAGACCUUAUCUGCAUAAUGGAAGACUGAGAACUGGGGUAUGCAAUCAUGUGAAUUGAUUCUUAGUUGUGUUACUUAUUGGGAGUGCUCUGAAAAAUGAAACAGCAGAUUCAUUACAAUUUUAUUUCCAUUAAGGUUUAAUGCAUUUGUAUCUAAAAGUGUGCCUUGACUAUUUAUUUGUGAAACUCAGCAGAUAGAUCUUUAUGGUAUCAGUAUUAUAUAUGUUAAUCCAUAACUUAAAAGAGAGAAAAUUCAGUGGUUC